GUGCAUUGCCUGACUUUAAUUCUUCCUUAUAAUAGCUGGUCCGGCUGGACGGCAUCGGCGUGGAAACAACUCGCGUUUGAAUGUAUCUACAACUCGUCGGAGGAGGGCAGGGAAAAACAUAACCUCUCAAUUUGGCGCGAAAAAUUACGACUUAGAACUCUAGCAGAUACUAGUCUCAGUCAGAAGUCUUGCAAUUUACUGGGCGGAAGAUAAGUAAGAACACCUUGGAGAAGAUCGACUGUUACCUGCGUUUAUGAGGACCAAAUAUUCCCUGCAAGAACCCUACAUUGCACUUUGCCAGUAUAAUGAAAUAUUUAGGUCUGAUCACUUGACAUCAGUAUUUCAACAGUCAGUUUGUCCACUGUCGAAUAAUCAUUUCAUAUUUUUCGGAAAAUUGAAUUACAUUUUUCGUUUACUAGUUCAUUCAUUCAUGCACUAAUAACGUGUUUGGUUCAACGAAAAUACUUUGAAAUUGUGUUGUGUACUGACUUACUGUCUUCCUCAUAAUGUCUCCUCGGUUUGGAAAUAAGUCGAGAAUGCAUUUAUCUGCACCUCGUCGAAAAAGGAAAGGAAGAAAUAGCAACAUUGCAGCCUGGAAUGCAAAACUAAGUAAACUAAAGGAAGCUGAACGCAUUAUGAAGGAAUCAGUUGUCAUCAAAGAAGAACUUGUCAUAAAUGAAGAAGUCAUAAACGAAAAUGUUGUCGUAAAGGAGGAACUUUUCAUAAAUGAAGAAGUUCCAAAUGAGCAAAUUGUCAUAAAGGAAGAACUUGUCAUUAAUGACGAAUUCAUAAAUGAAGAAAUCAUCAAUGAAGAAGUCAUGAAUGAAGAUGUCAUCGAUGAAGAUGUCAUAAAUGAAGAAAUAAUAAAGGAAGCAAUUUUUGUAAACGAAGAAAUUGUAAAUGAAGAAGUCAUAAACGAAGAAGUUAACUUGGAUGAAUUUAACCAAACACAAAAAGAAGAACAUUUAGUCGUACAUUCCCUGGAGAAAAAUUGUGCCAAUGAAAUAAUCGAUGAGGGAACAAAUUCUGAAGAUAUAAAAGACAUCUGUGUGGACUCAUCUAAAUGUAUAUGCAAAUUAAUGUGUGGUCAAGGAUUAAUUUCCAAAAAGGAGAGGCUCGACAUUUUUCGACAUUUCUCGAAUCUUCCUACUCGUUCUGAAAAAUCGAAGUUUAUUUUUCAAAAUAUUGUGUGGACCGUGCCGCGAAAAAGGAAUCCAAACCAACUAUCUACUAACAGGAUUAGUAAUUAUAUUCGAUUAUAUUGUUUGCCGAUAGAGGGCAGAUUAACAAGAGUUUGCAAAAAAACAUUUGAUGCAAUAUUAGAUAUAAAAGCGCAAUUUGUUAAUGAGUCAGUUAACAAAUUCGGACAGCUUUCUAAAAAACAAAUAGAUCAUGAAGAAAAUGAUGGCGUUAGUACGGAAAAUUUGGAGUACAAGUGUUUAGUCGAUCAAGAUCCUCUUGAUGUUUCAUAAAAAAAAUCUGGACGAGUCUGAUUUGGAUGAAUAUCUGGGCCGAUAUUGAGGAUAGUUAAAUAGGUUCAUAAUUUUAUAAAAAAAAGAUUAAAGUAUUUUUUUUUCUAACUAAUAAUAUUUAAUUUUAGAAUAAAUUAUAUUUUUUCGAUAGUUUGUGAGCUUAUGCAAAUUUUGUGAUUUAAGAAUAUUAGUCCAGUUUUUCCACUUUUUUGGUAGCGAUAAUAGUAGUUAUAUUAUUUCUCUAAAUAAAUUUUAUGUAAAUAAUUUUUUCAGAAUU